AUGACUAAAAAUCCACAAAUAAAGUCCCUCCAAUGCUCGGAUUAUGUGACUAACACCGAGUUGGCUGUGAACUACUUCCGAGCUUAUGUAAACCCCGUGAUAACUUUUCUCGGUGUACUCGGUAACGUUCUGGCCCUAUAUUUGUUCAGCACUCAGAGACCAUGGAAUCGAUUCGCAAUUUACGCCAUGGCUUUGGCUAUAUCGGACAGUUUAGUGCUGAUUUCAAACACUUUUCUCGAUGACUUUCUCGGACGUGGUUUAUACUUUCUCACUAAUCAGAAAUACAUGAUCAAACUUGACACGUACUCUGUGGAGAGUUGUCGAUUCAUGGAAGUGAUUGGAUCAUGGUUUGUUUUCACCUCGGGCUCACUUCUCGUCGCGUUCAGUCUGGAUCGUGUGGCCUGCCUGUUUCGUCCACUUCAGUGUCGUUCCAAUGGCGGGAUACGUAUUGCAUUUGCACUCAGUGUAAUGAUUAUGGUGCUUGGGCUGAUUCUCAGCCUCCCGCAUGCAGUCCUGCUCAACCUUGUGACCAAAACGGAACAAGUGCCCGAAGGUAUCAGUUUUCAUGGGGCCUAUGCUGAGAGGGGUUUGAGCAUUGGGUCCGCAUCGAUGUUGUCCUCGUUUUAUAGCCCUAAUAGCUCAAGUAAUGGUACGCAAACUGUCAAAGUCACGGCAUCCUGUACUUUGGACACCGGGGGGAAUAACCAAUCUAACGAAUUCAUUCCGUUCAUAUUUAGUACCAUGCUCACUUACAUGAUGCCAUGUGUGAUCCUGGUAUUGACCAAUUUCCUCAUCGCUUGGAAACUGAUCAAAUUGAAACAGAAGCGUCUUUCAUUGUGUAAUCGAGAUAAGACCAGCAAUCAUCUGCAGGCAUGGACGUCCCAGCGUACGCCAUCCAUCAGGGAAUCACGUGACUCAGCUGUGCUUCAUCCAACUAUGGCAAGCAUGGUUCAGAGAAACAAGACCAACGUCUUGGAGAACCGCAAAGAAAUGUGUCGGGUAGUUGCCUUACUGAUUUUGUCCUGUUGCUACCUGUGUUUCACUUUCCCCGUGAGUGUGGCUCUAUCUGUCCGGGCCACAUUGACACCUAACGGCACUGAUUGUAAAUUGAUAUUCUACGAACAUUUCACUCGUUUACUCACAUCCAUCAAAGAUAUUAAUUAUGCUUUGAAUGGAUAUGUAUACACGUUAUUUUUCUCGUUCUACCGAAGACGCUUGUUGCAUCUGAUCACUUGUGGCCGCGUGCCAUACAGAACAAAAAGCCGUUUGCGAUCACUUUCUACUACAGCUGCAGCGACUGAGCAAGCCCGAUAUGACUAUGGUGGGGAAGGUAUCGUAACGGGCUUCAACCUUCCCGAGGGCAAGGGUGAGCUUCUACUUGUGGCCGGCACAUCGGGUUACAACCCUGAUCCCGGAGCCAAGUAUAUCAAUAUUCUUCAGUCAAAGAGUCAGUAG